AUGGCGCAGACUGGAGUGAACCCAAAUGCAGCUGCAGCUGCAGAUCUGUUGAGACAAGCCAUAGCCCAGAACAGUGCGAGACACGAGAACCGAGAGGACUUUCACGAUCAGAUUGGAUCGAAUUCACCCACACCCUCUGGAGUAGAGACACCGCGGCCGGACCUCCACGACAAGCGGCUGCCGGGUAUAAUACACGGUUAUUUUGGCCAGGUGGGUAGAGAUUCUUCUCAGCGUACACCGUCACGGUCAUCUCAAGCUGUCACAAACCCUGAACCUGCAAUCCAACAACAUGACAAGGGAGAGCACACAAAAGGGAGCGAGAGUCGGCGAAGUUCCUCUGCUUCGUUAGGCUCGAUGGUGAUGGUGGAGCGAGAACAAGCUUCCAUUCCAACCCCACCACCAGAUGAGCUGCCUGAAGAGUCCGCACUACCCAUCUCAGAUGGUGGCACGUCUCAGUUACCACCUACGCCAAUCUCGUCCGCCGCUUCAGUGGUGCAUAGGGAUGGCGAGGUGGCAGAGAAUGGUGGAUCCCUGCUAGAUGGUGGGAUAGCUUCCAUCACGCAGGCUCUGAGGAAUUUCGUACUCCCUAAGUCUGCAUCAGGGGUGAAAGACCGCCGCCACCAGUCCUUACCCGUCUCAGGUGUCACUAAAGGCGUCGUUUCAGCCGCACAUAUCUCAAACCCUGCAUCGUCCACGCAAUCCUCGAGGCCACAGAGUCCCAAAUCUCCUUCUCCAAGUCAUGCUAAGCUACCAUCGUCUGCAAUUUUUAAAGGGUCAGAUGAGCUAACUUCAAACGUGGCCGAUGGGCCGCGUGAAAAGAGCACCCCUCCUCACACUCCUCGAGCCUUGUCCCAAGAAGAUCAUCGACGGGCCGAUACUCGAUCGCCCCUUUCGAGCGCGAGUACCACCGUCAGUGAAGGCAAUUCCCAGCCGGAGAAGCGAUCUCUGGCCAAAGAUGAAAUACCCAACAGCACGCCAAGAGGCAAGCUUUCCAUCAAGAUUGCAGAAGGUCGAGAUCUGAAGCCAUCUUUCGAUCCCUACGUAGUCUGCCAAUUUGAAUGGAAUGAGUAUGUCUCUAAGGGACCUAGACAUGACAAGAUGGAUGUCGAUGUUGAUGACCGGAAAGGACCGGUUGGCCAGUUACAGUCAGUGCGGAGGACUGACAGUGACAUGGGGAAGCCGAUGGCUAUCCCGAUGAGAAGUCGCCAAAGCAGCACGAAUGGAGAUGGCAGGGUCACCGAUCCCCAUUGGGAUCACGAAGCCAUCUUCGACGUCGUCAGUGAUCAGUCAGAAUUGGAUGUGACCGUCUACGAUCGUCACGCAGAAACGUUCCUGGGCCACAUCCGGUUAUGUUUGAAACUUACGGAACAAAAUCCCACGCUGGAAGGCUUCUUUAAACUAGAGCCCCGUAGUCCAGAGGACCAGGAUAUUACCGGCGAGAUUCACAUUCGAAUGCAUUUCUCCCCAGUCGAAAAGAAACAUGUCGGUCCGAACGAUUUCCAGAUCCUCAAGUUAAUUGGGAAGGGCACCUUUGGACAAGUCUAUCAAGUUCGGAAAAAGGACACCGGCCGCAUUUACGCUAUGAAAGUGCUCUCGAAGAAGGUCAUUAUCCAGAAAAAGGAAAUUCAGCACACCAUCGGUGAACGAAACAUCCUGGUUCGAACCGCAACCACAGAGUCACCUUUUAUUGUCGGCCUCAAAUUCUCGUUCCAAACUCCUACCGAUCUUUAUUUGGUUACAGACUUUAUGUCUGGAGGCGAGUUAUUCUGGCAUCUACAAAAGGAAGGCCGCUUCAAAGAGGACCGUGCCAAGUUUUAUAUCGCUGAGCUUAUCCUUGCGCUCAAGCAUCUACAUCAGUCCGAUAUUGUCUACCGAGACCUCAAGCCCGAAAAUAUCCUUCUCGACGCAAACGGACAUAUCGCACUGUGUGACUUUGGUCUCUCCAAAGCCAACUUAGCACAGGACGACACUACCAACACUUUUUGCGGAACGACUGAGUAUCUAGCUCCUGAGGUGUUGCUCGACGAGCAGGGCUACACCAAGAUGGUCGACUUCUGGUCGCUCGGUGUCCUCGUCUUUGAAAUGUGCUGUGGGUGGAGUCCAUUCUACGCCGAAGACACUCAGCAGAUGUACAAGAACAUUGCGUUCGGCAAAGUGCGAUUUCCCAGAGAUGCUUUGAGCACUGAGGGUCGCAAUUUUGUCAAGGGACUGCUGAACCGCAACCCUAAGCACCGACUUGGUGCCCAUGGAGAUGCGGAGGAACUGAUGCAGCAUCCCUUCUUUGCCGACAUUGAUUGGGAUGCACUGGGCAAGAAGAAUCUGGUGCCUCCGUUCAAGCCCAAAUUGGCGUCGAUCGCCGAUACUUCCAACUUUGAUCCCGAAUUCACCAACGCUCUCAACACCUCAUCUUCACUCAAUGCCCGAGCUGCUGCUUUGGCCGCUGGCGCUGCCCCAGCAUCGACGCCAUUGUCGCCCACCAUGCAGAACGCCUUUCAAGGAUUCACCUUUGUGGACGAGAGCACGAUGGAAUCGCAAUUUGGCGGGGCGCGAGAUGCAGAAGAAAGUCGAGUUGAUGACAACUUCCUUGCCCGGACGAAGACGCUUGAGCACAGAAUGAGCGGCGUACAGAAGACGGGUGAGGACGGCUUCUUUUUCGAGGAAUGA